CAAUGAGACAACCAGUUUAACUACAAAAUAGGGCAAAACUGAAACUUCUACUGCUGCUCUUCCUUCUGUUGUUGCCAAGUACGAUGGCGCCAGGGCAAAUGGCUCUAGCACUCCUCUGGACUGUAGUAGAUUGUAGUAACGAGCUCUGAGGAGCUGUUUAGGAAACAGAACUGGCACUGAUGCAUGAUGCUUUGAUUCUCCAUCAUAAGGACUACAGACUGAACUGCCUCCAAGCGGUUUUAUCUGUGGUGGAUGUGCUGUCUGGAUACGGUGAAGCGGGUCUAUUAUGUGCCAGCUUGAAGGGACCAAAUGCAGCUUCUUGUUGUGCCUGGGGAUAAGUAUUAUCAUCUGUUCAGUUAUUUACUUAAGGACCAAGAUGCCAACCGAGCCCAAACCCAUGGAAAAACAAGAACCCCCUGAGACCCUGAGCUGUAGACCCUUCACCUCUGAAUGUAAAGCUUUUCUGCCAGGCAUGGAGAGAGGAGUGGAGUGGAACCAGCGUGACUGCCAAGUGGAAAGUUUGAUUCAGAAUAGUCCCCUACAAUGUUCUGAUCUCAUCAGAGACCUACACUUAAUCACAAAACCUCUAAGCCAAGAGGAGGAGGAUUACCCUUUAGCUUACAUUUUAACUAUUCACAAGGAGCUGGAGCUUUUUGUGCGCCUGCUGCGAGCAAUUUACAUGCCACAAAAUGUGUACUGCAUCCAUGUGGAUGCUAAGGCUCCACUGGAGUACCAGGAUGCCGUACAGAAGCUUGUCAGCUGCUUUAAAAACACCUUCCUCUCAAGCCACAGAGAGACUGUGACCUACGCUGGCUUUUCCCGCCUGCAAGCAGAUUUGAACUGUAUGAAGGAUCUUGCAAGGUCCAAGAUUGGCUGGAGGAAGGUAGUGAACCUGUGUGGACAGGACUUUCCAAUAAUGACCAACCUGGAGUUGGUGCGGUACAUGCAGAGCAAAGAGUGGAGAGACAGAAACAUGACGCCUGGGGUGAAGCAACCAACGUAUAUGAGGCACAGGACGCAGUUCCAACACAUUGAGAUCACGGGGUUGCAUGUAGUCCUUAAAGGGUUGGGGCUAAAGAAAGGUCCUCCUCCACACCAUCUGCAAAUGUAUUUUGGAACAGCGUACUACGCUCUAACAAGGGCAUUUGUAGACUUUGUUCUAAAAAAUCCAAUAGCCAAGGAUCUGCUGGAGUGGUCCAGAGACACGUUCAGUCCAGAUGAGCACUUCUGGGUGACACUCAACCACAUCAAAGAGGCCCCAGGCAGCUACAUAGAUGGAGGCUGGGCAGGAGACAUCCGUGCAAUCAAGUGGAGGGAUCAGGAAGGAAAGGCGCAUGAUGGAUGCAAAGGUACAGUAGGGCAUUACAUACGAGACAUCUGUAUCUUUGGGGUGGAAGACCUGCCAUGGAUCAUCACCAAGAACAGCAUGUUUGCCAACAAGUUUGAGAGUAAAACAUUUCCAGAGGCGCUGGACUGCCUGGAGCAGUGGCACAGAAACAAGGUGCUGAACCAGGCAACUGUUCCUAUAGAGCCGGCAUGGCUGCUGGCCACACAAAGCUAUUCAAGCAGGGACUACAACAGCACUGCUGGAGCAUGAUAUACAAUAGAUUUCCACAACAACUGUCAGGUUAUAUGAAGCUCUGAUUAUUUGCACUCUUUGGCUGUGAAUGCUGUAAAAUGUGAGGAGGGAAAAGGUUGAAGUGAUAACAGAGGGAUGAUGCAUUGUGCACUUUCAGAUUCCUGUAGCAUGGUUACUGUUAAAAGAUUUAUCUAUCCAUUGUAAAACUGUAAGAUGGCUUUGCAUUUUGACUAUCAGAAUAAUGUGUAGGCUUUUGAUCUUUACGCUUAAUUAAUGCAGUAAGAGCAAAAGUAUGAAAGUUCAAGAUAAACAAGUAAAUAAAAAAAUGGGCUAAGUGUACACUGUGCCAUUCAGGCCUAUUCUGGCCCAAAUUAGGGUUGUACAACUGCUUUUGAGGGCGGACCAACUGUUGUUUGUUAAUGUGUGUACAGAGGGGCACAGCAGCAGGCAUCAGCCCUAUCAGCUGUCCCCAUGUUGUCAGAUAAAUUGCUAGCUUGUUUGAAAUUUUGUUCAGUUGCACAUUCUUACACAGUGAGAGCAGCGUCAUAAGUCAAUUCCCUGACUUCCUGGCUUUUUUUCUCGAUUGCACCUGCACAAACUGUUGGACAGCACCUGAAAGCACCAUGGCAACAACAGGCUGGCAUAUCUGUUUGAUAUGUCCCCCCUUCCAGUCAUGAAAGAUUUGAAUAAUCAGGACAUUAUAGGGAGUGUGGGCCUCGAGCUAAGGCUCGUGAGGUAUGAGCGGUUUCACUUUGUGCAACCAGCUGCAUCGUGAACACUCGUGUAAAUUUGUUUACCAAUAUGCAACACUUGUUAUUAGAGGACAAUACUAGAGGGCAAACAAGAAAGUCAUAAACCAUAUACAACAACCUGACAGCAAGUGUAUCUCAGGCCUAACAGGAAAUAUUUCUCAUGAUUCGGCUUGUUGGUUGUGUUUGUUGGUGAUACUGUGUGUUUAAGUGAGAUGUUAGAGCAUUUUGAGUCUAUUGUAACUAGUGAUGCACGAUAACUUUUUUUUUAACUGAUACCAAUAACCGAUAUUUUCCUACUUCUGAUAACCGAUAACUGAUAAUAACCAAUAUAUUUUUUUCAAUUGUUGAUUUAACAAAAGAAGUUUAUUUGAUGUUUAUGCACGCCUGGGGGUAAGAA